AUGAUCGCUGCAGUAUUUGCGUUAAUACCGGUAGCAGUCGCUGCUCGAUUACAAGUCUCACUAGCUGAUGCGCCUUCCGUCAAGCUUCACUUCGCUACAAAGCGCUCGUCAGUGCAUGGACUAUCUAAAUUUGACGUUUUCGCUAAGCCAGUCGUAUCAUCAAACGGAGCAAAGGUGAUGUACGACGGCUACAUCACGUUUAAAGAUGCUGAUGAGACUUUUACCUACUUCUUCGUAAAUGGUGCGGGAUACAUGUCAACAGGCGACGGAGAUGUCCGUUGCCUUCCAUCCGAUACGCUUCCAUUUGACUUAAUCUUACCUGCGCUUAACGAUGCCGUACCCAUUCCAAGUGCAACCAUCGGUGACAAAUCAAUAGAAUGCGAGAGUGGUAAUUUAUUUAAGACAGUAUUUGCUAGUACGAGCUUCGCAAUUUGUGCGUCGAGUGAGUCCGGAUUUACAGCGUACAGCAGUGAUAUCACGAUUGACGUCGCAUAUCUAGACACUCCAAUUAGCAUUCCGUCGGUUGAAGGAGCAAAGUGUGAUGCAGUGGCUGUACCGACGUCUGUCACACCAACUGCACUAGCAUUGUUAACCGGUAGUGCUAUUCCAUUGAGUAUAUCAAGACAUCUCGAGACCUCAACGCAUGUAGAAAUGGACGCUUCUUCGUGUAAGUGCAAAGACACACCUCGUCCGUGCAUUUUUUUUCAUGGCGCAAGUAAUCCAAACGAGAUGGACGAGCUACAAGAUACGCCUAAAAAUUCAAGUGGUCGCAUCGGAAACAUGAACAAGCAUGCACCAUGCUGCUCGAUUGUUAAAUAUGCUAUUCUUAACACUAAAGACUACCAAUGGACGGACGACAAGCACCAGGAAAAAGUGUGUGACCGAGCACUUCGAUUUAGUGGCGUCAAAACCAAUUCAAUCACCAAUACGGUAAUUGUAACGUAUUCCGCGGCUGGAUUGGCCAUGGCCAUGGCCAUUGCAACUGGUAAAUGCAGUUUUGGAACGAACGCGACGUGGGUUGCUGUAGGUACACCAAUGACAGGAACCAUGUUAUCGGACACUUAUCAGAAAGCUUGCAACAAGACUAGUAGUUUGAAGUCCAAAAUGUUGUACAAACUGGGUGAAUGUCCGAGCACACGCGGUCGAAUGUCGGUUGCGUACCAAUAUGGAAACUACGCAACGAAGGAGCUAUACACAGCGUAUGUUAUGGCACAAAAGGCGUACAAAGAGAACGUUGAUGCCGCGCUGUGUGGUACCAAUGACAAUGGGUUGCUUUCGCCGUAUCGACCGAUUAUGCUUUUGACGGGAAAACUCUCUCAUCACAAAUCAAGUGAACAGGAUGGAGUUGUUGAAUUUCAAAGCUGCGCGAAAGGUCUUGAUAUCUCAAAGUUCCACACGAGCUACAAGAGUCCUUUUUAUAAAGCGAAGAUAAAUCAUGCAGAUGUUGGCUUUUUGACACACGACGGAUUUUUUGAUGAUUCGCAAAAGCCUGCGAAAUGGUUUGAGUGUUUGCUGUAA